CACAAGGAUCUGUACAAGGAGGCCAUGAUGGAGGAGCAACAGCCUCUUAUAUCACAAGAAAAUCCCAGUAAAAAUUGUAAUGGAAAUGUUAUAUUAUCUCUAAAUUCUAAAGCAGAAGAUGAAGAUACCAUGCAGCAUUCUUCGGGAGAAACUCUCAUUACCCUUAAUGUACAUCCAGAACUUCAUAGAACAGAUGUAUCUUAUAAUCUCCCUAAUCAUGAGGAACCUCCAGGGGGUAAAAGAUUUCAGUGUGAUAAAGAGUUCAGUCAAAAAUCAAGACUUUCUACACAAAGAAGAAUUCUCCCAGAGAAAAAACAAUACUGCUGUGCAGAAUGUGGGAAGUGCUUCACAAAGAAAUCAGAUCUUGUUAGACAUGAAAGAAGUCAUACAGAGGAGAAGCCGUACUCCUGUUCAGAAUGUGGGAAGUGCUUUACAGAAAAAUCAAGUCUUGUUAAACAUAAGAAAAUUCACACAGGAGAGAAACCGUAUUCAUGCUCAGAAUGUGAGAAAUCCUUUAUUACGAAAUCACAUCUUGUUAUGCAUCAGAAAAGUCACACAGGGGAGAAGCCAUAUACCUGUUCAGAUUGUUUUAAGUGCUUCUCAAUAAAAUCAACUCUUGUUAGACAUGAGAGAAUUCACAAAGCAGAGAAGCCAUACUCCUGCUCAGAAUGUGGUAAAUGUUUUAGAGAGAAAUCAAAACUUGUGAGACAUGAGAAAUAUCACACAGGAGAGAAGCCAUAUUCAUGUUCAGAAGGUGGGAAAUGUUUUACAGAUAAAUCAAUUCUUGCUACACAUGAGAGAAGUCACUAUAGGAGAAAAACUAAAUUCAUGUUCAGAAUGUGGAAAAUGUUUUACAUGGAAAUCAGAUCUUGCUAGACAUGAGAGACGUCACACAGGAGAAAAACCGUUUUUAUGUUCAGAUUGUGGGAAAUGUUUUACAGAUAAAUCGACUCUUGUUGCACAUCGGAGAAUUCACACAGGAGAGAAACCAUAUUCAUGUCCGGAAUGUGGAAAAUGUUUUACAAAUAAAUCAAAUUUUGUUACACAUUGGAGAACUCACACAGGAGAGAAGCCAUAUUCAUGUCCAGAAUGUGAGGAAUGUUUUACUACUAAUAUCAAACUUAAGGAUCAUCAGAAAUGUCACACAGGAGAAAAGCUGUUUUGAUGUUUUAUAUAUUGAAAAUGUUUUGUAAGAAAAACAAAUUCUAAAACUCAUCAGCUUAGAAGAAACCUUAUUUUUUUUGGAAUAUAGGAAAUACUGUAAGAGCAAAAAGAAAUGUUAUCCCCAGUUGUUCACAGACAGGUAAGUAACUGGGGCUACAUGGUAAAAUGUAUUCCCUAACAGCAAAAAAAGUUUCACAAUGUGUCUGCAACUUCAAAAAUCGGCCAAAUUGCAAAAAUGUCACAGUCAAGUUGCACUGGCACCUAACUUGUAUUGUGUACUAUAAUGGCAAAGUCGCAUAUUACCUGCAACCACAUAUCCAAUAGAUGCAUUUGACAAUCAAUAGAUGCAACAUUGUGAUUUUGAUACCACAUAACGUAUGUGAAGAUAUUAAUAUUUCAUCUUCAUUCAAACAGUAUUUAGAGAUAAAAUCUUCUAUUUGCUCCACGACAUCGUCGCCAUUGUCGCUGAUAGAUUGUCUUUUUGGCUCAUAUACUUUCUCCUAUUGCUGUGACCUUCAUUGCUCCUACAGACUAACCCUCCUUUGCGGAGACAGUGAUAUUGGUGGCAUGAUGACUAUAUCACUGAUUUAUCUGACCGGGUGAUCUGUGAUAAUUACCCCAUAUGUACAUUCCUGCGGUUUAAUGGUAAACCUAUCUAGAUACUUGAGCUGAGUGAUAUAUCGGUGGUGGGAAUCACUUGUAAUGUCACAUCUGUUAAUUAACCCCUAAAAAAUGGGAACAUGACUUCAGUGACCAAGUGAUGCUCAUAUAUGUGUUUCAUAUGGAUCCUGCCUCCUGCUUUAUUAGAAGAUAAAAGAGAAAAGUUUUGGAGUGGAUGUAUGGAAGAGGGAAAUGGGACAGGGAAAGGAAAAUAGGAGGGAUAAAGCGCCAGAGGAGAACUCGGAAUUGGUGUCAGAUUAUCAACUUGUAAUAGAUUGGCCACAGUAUGAGGCAGCUGCCCACUUAAAAAGAAACACAGCACAGGAACACUGAUAGUGUACCGUAUGCAGAAGAACAUAUAACAGUAUAGUGGGGCGCCAGUUACAUGUGACAGAUAUUACAAGAAUGGCAGUAGAGAGAUAUAUAUGUAUAGUAUAAUAUACGGGUUAUCUGCAACCGCUCAAUUGAUAUUAAUUCAAGGUGGUAUAGAAAGGUUUUGCUACAAUAAUGGUGGUAUAGU